AUGGUCCCCGAUGAUCUCAUGGAAGCUCUCUUAAUAGCUAAUCCAGAACUAUCAUCAACAAUAAAGUCAGCCAUAGUAGGACAUUCAUCAAGAUUAUUGAAAGAAGAAACUACACAGAUCAAACGACUUAUUCUCUUUUUAUGCACAGAAACUGAUCAUGCUUUUUUAUCUGAACUCAAAGAAUAUUUUAAAAUCAAAUUAACAGAAAAUGGUCUUGGUACAUUUCUUAAAUAUUCUAGCACGGUUCGUGGCUUUAUUGUUCGACCAGAUGGUUUUUCGCAAGUUAAUCAACAGAACGAAAAAGCUAUUCAAGACACUACGGAAUAUUUAAAAAAAUAUUUAAUCUGUUAUAAUAAUGAAAAUAUUUUUGUCAAGUAA